GCGAUUGCACAUUUCCGCCCUUCGUAUUCCGUCACUGUCUUCUUCGAAGACACGUGGGGUCUAACGUCGAUCUGCCAUGCCAUUGCUGCUGAACGUUGCUCGUUUCGGCCAUGUGGCUUCAGCCCGACGUGCUGCCAUGUCGCACGUUCGUGGUCUGUGGAGUCAUCGUUCGGCGCAUUUGGAUGCGUGCGCUGCGGUCCGAACGCUGCAACAGAGUACUGUCUUCAGCUCCGUACGUGCAACUGCGCGAGGUUGUCAUCGCGGGAGCGGGUGUGCUGACGUGGUGGUAUCUCCGACAACCCCAUUCUUUGCUCCGAGGGUGGUCCCACGCACACCCGCUUCAACGUCCUUCGUCGUCCACUCUAGGCGAUCUGCAGUCAGCAGUGGAGGCCCUCCCUUGUGGAAUCCAGUAGUGGAGGUCUGUAGUCCUUCUGCCGUCCGUGAACACGUCACCACAGGGCACGUGGCGAUCAGAGAGGGCAGGUCUCCAUCUCCUCUUUCGGCUUUUGGGGGGGGUCGGUUGGGUUUUGUCACGGACCGUCCCGUCGUUGUCAUCGUGGACAACGAUUGCGGCGUGGGGCGACCAGGCGCUCUGUCGCUCUUCGUUGUUGCCGCCGCGGCUGCAGCAGCGUCGGCAGUCGAGCCGUACACGUGUGUGCCGAAAGGUGCCACCUUUCGGCGCCGUUUGGCUGUCGUCAAAGCUGGUGGUCCGACGAUGGAUAGCAGACGUUGGGCGGGUGAUGGCGACGUCGGAUUCGAUGGCGGAAACGACAUGCACGACGGACAACUGCAUGCACCGGGCCAUCAAGGUCAUGCAGUUCAAAGUCCGCACUCAUUCGCCGCCCUGCGUCAGCCCCCGUCGGCCAUGCAGCAGCCGUACUACCCUGCACGUGGUGCUUCCACUCCGYCGGCCUUCGGUGGAGGGUUUGUUGGCCAUUCUCCGGAGAACAUGGCCGSGRGCGCACCGCGUGGUGGUGCASAGGCACGGGACUUGYGUGSGGAUGGCGGUUUUGGCKUGCRCGAUCAUCCURUCUCCAUCCAGCAGYAGUUCRAUUUGUAUSCAUCGCGGUCUCCCAUUGAAGGCACGAGCACAGGUGCAGGUUUUGGCAUGCUGUCAAUGCAAGCGCGUAGUGUGCCAACGGGUGGCAGGCAUUGGUCUCCCCAGUGCAGUCAGGGAGAGUGGGGGUAUUUCGGCACACGGGGUUCUCCGUCUCCAGCGGAGGGCGUUGACACGGAUGGCAGUUGGAAUCGGCCGACGCCAAGGCCGGUGUCCCCCGAUACUAGAGUGGAUUCUGCRUGCGAUGAAGGCACGGGCGGCUCCGAGGCGGGUGACGAAGAAGGUCAAGGUGAGCAAGCAAGUGCAGUCCCCUUGGUCGCAAGUUCGACGGCCGGGCAGGGUGAUGUUCAAGGUCGGGGUGUGGGAGGUGAAGCGGUUGGCGGACGACCACCGAAUGGCUGCCCGCUAGCUCAAAAGAAGUCUAACGUCCCAUGGACGUUAGACGAGCGUGUGAAGCUUGCCAUGUUGAUGGGUGAGGAUAACGCCCUCAUGGAGGAUGCUGACGGCCAGCACCGAUUCAAGCAGAGGAAAGAGCGGUACGCAUGGGUGAAUGACAGAAUGAGGGACGCGGGCUUCAAACAAAGGAGCGGUGAGGACUGUCGCAAGAAGUGGUCGAACAUGCUGAAUACGGCCAAGCUAAUCGUGGAGAAAUGUGAAGCGUCUGGGCAACCAUCGUAUUGGGAUUUGACAGUGGAGGAACGAAAGGAGAAGAGUCUUCCGCUUUCUUUUGAGAAAGCUUUGUGGGACGCCAUGCAGUGGAAGCUGAAUCGGCCGUCGAUGAGGUGUGACAACACGCUGGCUUCGGAGAACCUCACGUCUGGUGGAACAGAUGCACCGCCGAGUGGAGGAUCGGACGGAAGAUGCGCGGAGGAGUCCAACAAAUCCGCUAAAUCAAGGAGGACAGCCAAUGGGAAGGCGCGGAAGGAAGACGCCGGCAGCAGCAUGAUGAGCUUGGGUAGGGCCAUGGAGGAUUCCACCAGAUCGUACUGUGAUGGCCUCGACAAAGCGGCCACCGCCCUCGCCAAAGCCACCGCAGACGCUGGCAGUGCAAUCGCUGUUCGGAUAGGGGACGUGGCUGAAGCAAUGCCGAGUGGUAACAACGUUCGAGAGAUGCUGGUGGGUGUUCUCGCUCGUAGGGGGGGAAACGGAGGUGACGGCGGCGAAGGUGAUCGGUAUACGGACCCUUCCUCGCGUAUCAUCGCUGGCAAGGGUGUUAUGGUUUACGAGAUGCGCCACGAGCGGGACGGGUACCACAGCAGGGUCUUCGAGUUCGCAAAUGGAGUGACACGUCAGUCCAUCCGUUUCUACGACGUUGAUGUGGACGGCGCACCCGCUAUGAAGAUGGACGCCGGCUUGGGUUUCUUCGGUGAGCGCCUCGGGCAUGUUCUCAUCUACGUCAGGAAGGUCGUCGAUAUGAUCCCCAAUGAGUGGGGUGGCCAUCCCGUUGAUGUGCUGGGGGAGAUCGUGCUUCUGUAUGUCUCCACCCUUGCUGUCGUGUACGCAGACCGCUUAGAUGAUGCCCUAUUUGCACGGGGAGGUGAGGUCUUGAGUAUCGGCAAGGCGAGAGGAGACAGCCGUCAUCUUCGUCGUAUGCGCCGUGAGGAGGUCAUAGUGUUCAUUGGACACGCCAUUGUAGAGUCCUUUGGCGACGGCGGUCGGAAGAUGACUAUGAUGAUGAUGAUGAUGAUGAUGAUGAUGAUGAUGAUGAUGAUGAUGAUGAUGAUGAUGGAGUUCGAUUUGUAUGACAAUGAGGACGAUGCUGAUGACGAAGAUGAUGAUGAAGAUGGUGACGAUGAUGAUGAUGACGAUGAUGAUGAUGAUGAUGACGAUGAUGACGAUGAUGAUGACGAUGAUGACGAUUAUGAUGAUGAUGAUGAAUUCAAUGACAAUGACGUUUAGGAUGACGAUAAUGAUGACGAUGAUGACGAUUAUGAUGAUGAUGAUGAAUUCAAUGACAAUGACGUUUAGGAUGA